AUGAGCCGGUCGAAAAACAUGUGUGGAGCCGCUCAUGGUUGUGUGGGGCUAGGUAUUUAUAAUUUUUGCGUCAGCAUGGUUCUUUGUUCGGGGAUCUCCGCGGUCAUCUUGUCCGCCCUCGUCCCGCCGUUAUUAUCUCGCGCGUACACGUACAAUCUGUUUUGCGUAGAGUAAGGACGGGUAUUAAGGACCCCCUAAGGCACCCCCCACUUAGGCAGCUUGUUCUCUGGUUUCAAGAUGAUUCAUGAAGAGAUCAAGGUAUCAUACGAUAGCCUAUAACAUAGACUACAUGACAAAGAAAGAAAAAUUGAAAAAAGUGAAGGUGGCGAGUAUAUAUAGACCUUGAAGUAUACCUCACGUUCUAGGUAAAAUUUGGGUCAAAAGGAGGGGGGGGUAUUAAGGACCACUUUCCGGUAGUGGCCGGAUACGCACGUUCUAAAGCGUUCCACGACCUGAAAUUUGGUACACAGGCUCUUAGUAUGACGUAUGUUCGAUACAAAAAAAUUAAAUAAAUUGGUGCACACCCGGGGACAAAAUGCCCAUAUCCCCGGAUUUUCGGCCCCGUUUUGAGGAACGGAAUAUACCCCUUUUGGGUGGUACUGCGUGUUCUCUUGCCUUGAAACCAUGCAAACGUAGUAAUUUGAUGAACUAAUGACUUGUAUGCGUCCUACUCGGACUCACAAAAAAAAAUUGCGGCAAUCGAAUACCUAUGGACAUUAUGCCUGUCCAGACAUGGGGUACUUUCCCUCCUUUUUCGGCUUGUACGGCAGAAAAUUCCGAAAAAAUCUGCUACAGUUAAAUGAACAAUUUACACCCACAACUCAACCCCCACGAGACGCCGGUUGAGAGAAACGAAGUAAACGUUGCAGAAAACGCGUUGGACAAGAAGAAAAAAAAAAGCACAUAGACCAGGGGACAAAAGUGCAGCAUCCCCGGGUUUCUCGACAAACUGCCCGCCGGCCCGUCCCGACCCCCCCGGCGGUGCUGUUCGACCCCAAAUUGCCUCAAGCAACCUCGUGAACAAUAUUUAACACGCUACGGUUUGAAAUCGGUUCCACACGCAAACUUCAAGCCGUUCGGAGCUAAUUUCACCCGGAUACCAGCUGUUCUGCAUCACGAAACAACCCCCCCUCGAAGACACCUAAACAUCCACCACAGGUGUCCGCGUCAGGGUUCGUCCCGACCGGGAAACGGGCGCCGCCGGCGGCAGACCACCAUCGAUUCCCGCCUC